UGGAAGGGUGCAGGGGUCCAGGGAGGAGGCAGCAAGACUAACUCGAGACCUAGAUCUGGAAGCGUUUCAGGGGCGGACUUGGUGGGGCGCAGGAGGGCGUGGGCGUGUCUGGUAUGGGAUGCGGUGGAAAGGAGGGGACCCUCCUGAGCAGAUCUGUGAGUGGUUCCUUUGAGGAAUCCUCUUCCCUUUUGCCCUUUCAUUUGUUAAAGAGCGAGUCCCCAUGGUCUCUGUUCAAGUUUUGGAAACUUUCUUUUCCGGUGGCCUUAAUCACCUACUUCAUUACAGAACUGUCCAGCGCCAUUUCUGAUACUGGGCAUAAACGUGGGGAAUAUGUCAGAAAAGAGGAAGCCGCUGCUGGGCUUUGUGGGCAAACUCCCCAGUGGGACUGCCCUUGGGAACCUAGGCAAGACUCACUGCCCUUCGUGCAUGGGGCUUUUCAAAACUCCCAGGCUCUUGCCUUGUUUGCACACAGUUUGCACCAAGUGUCUGGAGCAGCUGGAACCCUUCUCAGUAGUGGACAUCAGAGGGGGAGACUCUGACACGAGCUCUGAGGGGUCAAUAUUCCAGGAACUCAAGCCACACGGCCUGCAGCCGCAGAUCGGCAUCCUCUGCCCAGUAUGUGAUGCUCAGGUGGACCUGCCCAUGGGAGGAGUGAAGGCUUUAACCAUAGAUCACCUGGCCAUGAAUGAUGUGAUGCUGGAGAAUCUGCGUGGGGAAGGCCAGGGCCUGGUGUGUGACCUGUGCAGCGACAGGGAAGUGGAGAAGAGGUGUCAGACCUGCAAAGCCAAUCUCUGCCAUUUCUGCUGCCAGGCGCAUAGGCGGCAGAAGAAAACGACUUACCACACCAUGGUGGACCUAGAAGACUUGAAAGGCUACAGCCGGAUUGGGAAAGCCAUUCUGUGUCCCGCUCACCCUGCGGAGGAACUGAGGCUGUUCUGUGAGCUGUGUGACCGGCCCGUGUGCCGAGACUGCGUGGUGGGUGAGCACCGGGAGCACCCCUGUGACUUCACCAGCAACGUUAUCCACAAGCAUGGGGACUCCGUGCGGGAGCUCCUCAAAGACACCCAGCCCCACGUGGAGGCCCUGGAGGACGCCCUGGCACAGAUCAAAGAGACAAGCAGUGCCCUCCAGCAGCGAGUGGAGGCCGUGGCGGCCGAUGUCCGAACAUUCUCCGAGGGCUACGUCAAGGCCAUCGAGGAGCAUCGGGACAAGCUGUUGAAGCAGCUGGAAGACAUACGGGUCCAGAAGGAGAACUCCCUACAGCUGCAGAAGGCACAGCUGGAGCAGCUGCUGGCAGACAUGCGCACGGGAGUGGAGUUCACUGAGCACUUGCUGACCUGUGGCUCUGACUUGGAGAUCCUCAUCACCAAGGGGGUGGUGGUGGAGAGGCUCAUGAAGCUGAACCAAGUUGAGUACAGUGCCCAGCCCAGAAUAAACGAUAAGAUAUGCUUCUCUCCUCAGGAGAAAGCAGGCCGGUGCCACGGCUAUGAAGUUUAUGGGGUCAUCAACACCAAAGAGGUCGACCCCACCAAAUGUGUCCUUCAAGGAGAAGAUCUCCACAGGGCCCGCGAGAAACAGACAACCUCUUUCACCCUGCUUUGUAAGGAUGCAGAGGGAGAGAGCAUGGGCCGGGGAGGGGACAGCAUUCAAGUCGCAGUUGUUCCGAAAGAUAAGAAGGACAGUCCAGUCCGAACGAUGGUGCAAGACAACAAGGAUGGGACGUACUGCGUUUCCUUUACCCCGAAGGAACCCGGCGUCUAUACCGUGUUGGUCUGCGUCAAGGAGCAGCACGUGCCGGUGCUGUUCUUUGCUCUUGGUCUGAACACCGAAGGGCUCGCCAUUCACCGUGACCGUGAGGAAAAGGCACCGCUCACACCCAGGCGUGUUUCACUGCUGCACAUUCUGCUCCAGUGGAGGCCAGAAAACCGCUCGCUGUGCCUGUGGGGGCACCAUGCCAGGUGGGUACCUGGGCUGUGGCCAUGGACACAAAGGCCACCCAGGCCGUCCGCACUGGUCAUGCUGUGGGAAGUUCACCGAGAAGUCAGAAUGCACGUGGGCAGGUGGGCAGAGCGCAGCACGGAGUCUGCUCAGGACCGUGGCACUCUGAUGGCCACCGGCCUGCUGAAGCCGCACAGCUUCACGGGACCAGAGGACCCGGGCCUUGGUUAGUUCUGAAGAAACAGAAAGAAUUAAAAACAAAGUGCCUUAUCCGUCCUCUCGAGUCCCUCACUGACUGUAUGUGUGACGGUGAGUACGAGACUACCACCACUGUCUCUCUCAGCAGUUCUCUCUGCACCAAAGGAAGCCGUCUUCGGUUUGUGCGGGAAUGGAGGUCUGUGCCAUUAAACUUGGAGUGCACAGGGAUGCUUUGUGUCUUAACUUUUUGAUAAUUAACCUUUUUUGUUGCUCCCUGAGCUACAUCUUAUAUAGGUAUUUUUCUCAGAAAUAAAAGCCUCCUUCUAUCAUAUCCACUUUUCACUAGCACAGUUUUAAUGGAUUGUAGUGUGAUCUUGCUGUUUAGAUGGAAUUACCCCUCUUCCCCCGCUGUGCCCAGUUCAUCUCGUACCCCCAGAGCCCAGAUUACUGCUUGGUAAGGACCACACGAGUAGUAGUAAGUAAAUAAAAGCCCAUGACACUGAAAUAGAACCUCAUAUGUUUACUGCAGUUCUGCUCAUGCCAGCGGAUCUGGGACCCUCACCAUCCUCACAUCUGUCAGCACUGGGUUUUUUUAGAGUCGUCUUCGCUGUUGUCUGUAUACCUAGGAACCCAGCUAGAAGCGGCGACUCCUAAGAGUGUGCCUCCUUAGCUCUUUGAGUUGAAAGAGAAUUCUUGGCCCAGGAAGCACACAGCUGACCGCUGUCCCCUACAGAAGCACUUUCUUCUUUCGGUUUCUGUGGUACCAUUCUUCUUACUUCUCCUGUCUCAUGGACUUUUCCUUCUCAGUCUUCUGUGCUGGCUCCUCCUUUCGUCUCCAGUCUCUGUACACUGGAAAGCCCUAAGGAUCAGUUCUCUUUAUUUAUUGAUUUUAGAGAAAGAAACAUCAAUUUGUUGUUCCACUUAUUCAAGCACUCACUGUUUGUUUGGUUUUUUGUUUUUUUUUACUUAAAAUGUUUUAAAUUUUAUUUAUUUAUUUUUAGAGAGAGGGGAAGGGAAGGAAAGGGAGACAAAUUCAAUGUGUGGUUGCCUCUUGCACACCCCCUACUGGGGACCUGGCCUGAAACCCAGGCAUGUGCCCUGACUGGGAAUCCAGCCGGUGACCCUUUGUUUCACAGGCCAGCUGUCAGUCCACUGAGCCACACCAGCCAGGGCCACUGGUUGUUUCUUGUAUGUGCCCUGACCAGGGAUCAAACCUGCAACCUUGGCCUAUUGGGACGAUGCGCCACUGAACUUAGCUACCCAGCCAGGGCAGGAUGAGUUCUUGUGUUUCUGUUUCUUCCCACUCCUUAGAUGAUCUCAUUCUCCCAUGACUUAAAAUACCAUUUAUACACCAGUGAUUCCCAAAUUUACCUCCAGCUUCAAAUUCCAAAGAAUUAUAUAUGAUACCUUAAUAUCUCCACUGGGAUAUAUCACAGGCACCUCAUAUUUAAAAUGUCCAAAACAGAACUCCCAGUUUCUGGUUCUCACUUUCCACCUGCCUGAACAGCCCAACGGUUUCCCCUGCAGUCCUCUCUGUCCCUUUAGAAGCAAGUCCACACCCACUCUUACAGGCUGUGGAGUCAGCAGCCUUGACUCCCCUCUCAUGCACCAGAGCCCGUCCAUGGGUGACUCCGAUCAGCCAUCCCCUCACAGUACAUGUGCUGAGCAUUGCUCUCCACCUGCUGCCCUCCCGAGGUACCGGAUUCCUCACCUGGAGUUUGCUGUCUCAACUUGUCUCUUUGCUUCUACCCUUAACCUCCUGCGAUCUAUUCUCUAUAGUCAGAAAGGUCCCUUUAAAACACCUUCCAACGGCCUCCCAUUGUACUCAAAA